CAGAGAGAGAGAGAAAAAAAGAAACCUUCAUGUGAGCUGUCUAUGUGAAAGUAGUUCCGGGCACUUAACCCAAAGAGGGGAGAGUCCCGGAUGUUGGCUCGGCCGCCGAAAGAAAGGCGAACGGGUGAAGGCGGAGAGAAGCUGAAGAGGGACGCCACGGCACCGCAGGCACACCGGCGAAGCCACGGUCACAGCGGCUCUUCGCACAGGACGAUAGCGUCAGGAGCGCAGGACAUCCCCGAGGGGGGAGGGCAACCCGCUAUCCGAAGAAGAGGAGGUGAAGGAAGGGGGGAGACAGUUACUCUGAAAACUACCGUGAGGAUUACAGAGAGCCACCGUCACAGCAGCUUUCACCCUGACUGAUCUCCAGAAGAUGGUAUGCUGAUGUCCUGAGCUGAGGGAGCCUUAACUUCAUUCCCCACUCGCCUUUGUUAUUCCACACCUGGUCUGCUCUCCAUCAGUCACCAACACCAACAGCUACCACCAACACCUUCACAUUUUCCCCACCCCCUUUUGUCCAGCCGGUCGUCACCAUGACGUCGGAGCUGGAAAGCAGCCUGACCUCCAUGGAUUGGCUCCCUCAGCUGACCAUGCAGGCGGCCAUUCGCAAGGCUGAUGCCCAGAAUGCCCACGGGCCCGGCAUGGGAAAGAAGAGCGCCCUGCUCGAUCCCAACACCACGCUGGACCAGGAGGAGGUGCAGCAGCACAAGGACGGCAAGCCGCCCUACAGCUACGCCAGCCUUAUCACGUUUGCUAUCAACAGCUCGCCAAAGAAGAAGAUGACACUGAGCGAGAUCUACCAGUGGAUCUGUGAUAACUUUCCCUACUACAGGGAGGCGGGCAGUGGCUGGAAGAACUCAAUACGGCACAAUCUGUCAUUGAACAAGUGUUUUCUCAAAGUGCCUCGCUCCAAAGAUGACCCAGGAAAGGGCUCUUACUGGGCCAUCGAUACCAACCCAAAGGAGGAUGCUUUGCCUACACGGCCAAAGAAGAGGCCGCGGUCUGGAGAGCGGGCUUCCACGCCGUACAGCCUAGAGUCAGAGUCUUUGGGGAUGGAGUGUAUGAUCUCUGGAAGUGCCUCUCCAACGCUGGCAAUCAACACUGUGACUAACAAGGUGGCGUUGUACAACACAGACCAGGAAGGGAGUGAUAGUCCAAGAAGCAGCCUUAACAACAGCCUGUCUGAUCAGAGUCUGGCCUCCGUCAAUCUCAACAGCGUGGGCAGUGUGCACAGCUAUACACCGGUGACCAGUCACCUAGAGCCUGUGUCCCAGUCUAUGAGCCUCCAGCAGCCCCCCCAGUCCCAGUAUAACAUGCCAGACAGGGACAAGCAGCUCUUGUUCUCAGAAUUUGAAGAUCUCAGUGCCUCCUUCCGCAGCCUUUACAAGUCUGUUUUUGAGCAGUCCUUCAGCCAACAAGGUCCGAUGGGCAUACCGGCAGAUUCCUCCCAGCAGACCCACACCUCCUGCUCCUAUCAGCACUCCCCCAGUGGCACCAUUAGCUCUCAGAACAGCCUCUCAAACAACCAGUCUAACAACCACCCUAACAGCCACUCCACCAACAGUGGUCAGGUUCCCCUGUCCCAUCCUGCCCAAGCCCACCCUGGCCACGGCUCGCCCCAUGCGCAGCACCUCUCGCAGCACGGGGGCCCUCACAACCAACACAGCCAACACGCCCAGCACAGCCAACACAGUCAGCACCCACAGCACCAACAGCACUCCCAGCAUCCUCAGCAUGCUGCGCACUCCCAGCACGGGCAGCAUCCAUCGCAGCACCAGUCCCACAGCCAGCACCCGCAGCAACACACGCCACACCCCUCUCAACACACACAGCACAGCCAGCACCCUUCUCAACAUGGACAGCAGCACCAGAGCCUCUCCCACCAGCCCCAUCCUACCCAGCAACAAAUGGCCUGCAACACAGGUUUACUGUCUGACUGGUACCCAAAUCUGGAUGCACUGAAAGAAAGCUGUCGUAUUGCUAGCAGCUAUAACUGGGCUGAUGUCGACCUUUCACCUUUCCAAGGACUGAGAGAGAGCAUGAGACAAGCAGAGUUGAACAACUGGUCUCUGGAACCCACCCAAAUUGCAGACCUCUGCUCAUCCAUCAACCAGUUUUUUGCUCGCACUGGCGUGAUCCAGCCACAGGGGGCAGUGCAGCCUCCCGUUUGCCAUGGCUCCAUGCACACCAACAAACCCAGCCAGCACCUCAACGCAGCAGGAAAUCUGUACAUGGACUCCAGACAAAGUAUGUCCAUGAUGGUUCCUCCAGCAUAUCCCCACAUGCCCCCCAUGAGCAGUGCAGGACCCACUAUGACAGGACACCAUGCACAGAUGAACCAGCAGCACAUGAUACCUGCCAGAAACUUCCAGAUGCAUCGCAUGCAAGCUGACGAUAUCCAGGAUGAUUUUGAUUGGGACUCCAUUGUCUAGCUGCUAAAACUGCUUCUCGCAAAUACACAGGAGCGAAGGGAGGAGAUGGAAGCCAGGCUGAGCUGAAAAGGCCGCAGGUGGAGGAGGCCAAUGUGGGUGGACUGCAGAAGAACAUUUGAGAAGCUUUGGUGGAGAGACGCAGAAUUCAGACUUCAGAAUCCUGACAGUUUAAAACAAAAACAAAACAAAACAAAAAAAUAAAAGCAAAACAUAACUAGAAAAUGUUACUUUGAAGACAAUCAUAUUUAGUCGGACAUUUUAAAGUGAUUGCUUACAAACUUGUGUAGAAGCAAGUUGAACACAUUCACGUCUGAACCACGUGCUCCUCAGCCAGCCCUCUCCCCGUCCCUAGCGAGCGGCCUUCCAAAGUCCGAGCCCCCUCCCCCCUCCCUCCUCCCCUCCUCCAGCCUCCUGCUCCGUAACCGUUAUGUGAUUUGAGCGGCGUGUUCAGCUUGUAAUUCUUCUCGUGUUGACCUUGGCCUCAGCUGCCUCUUGGA